AUGCGCCCCACUAAAUAAUAGGAUUAUUAAUUAAUAACUCCUCGAUCUCCAGAAAGGAUUCUCAAAAAAAGACUAAUAAACAAUCAAAUCUAGUAUUUAAUGAAAUGGAAAGGAACUGAUUAAACCACUUGGGAAUAUGAACAAAAUGUUCGACGCUCAAUUUUAGAAGAAUUCCUUUAGAAUUAAUAAUCAUAUUAAGAGCAAAAAUAAAAAAAUCUUAAAAAUGUAGCACAACAAUUACCUGUCAUGUAGUAAGUCUAAUAAAGUCUCAAACAUCCCAGUUAUUCUGAAGAACUUCUCUUAAACAAAUAAAAGGAAAUGGCUUAAAAAUUUUGUAGUUCCUACCCUCAAAAAUGCGAUGAAAUAGACAGUGUACAUUUGAUGUUAACAAAUGAGGACUGCGUCUUUGAAGUCAAAUGGAAACCCAGAGCAGAUGGAGUAGUCCCUAUUUCAGAUUUCUACUAAUACGAUCAAUUCAAAUUGGCUGCUCCAUUGCUCUUUAUGAACUUUUUAGAGAAUUGUAUAGUAGGUCAUGAAAAUAACGCAGAUAUCAAAUUCUAUGCUCCUGGAAAAGAUAAUGUAGAAAGAGCAUAAUUGAUUAAGUAGAUCCUGCUUCGCAAUCCCAAAUAUACUGAUACUAACAAACAGCCUAGCUAUGUUCAUGCUGAAGAAUAAAAAUAACAGGAUCCUCCUAUUCAAUAAAAUAAAAAUGCCAUCAUCAACUUUACUCAGUCUGAUAGCAAAAAAACUAUUUUAAAUCAACCCACUGCAUUAUCAGAUAAAAAUCAAUGCGAAUAAUAAGAGAGCGAAAUGAAGAAUCAUAUCAUACUAUAGGAAUCUUAGGAAGUCUAACAACAGUUAGAUUCUACUUCAUAAUAGGAACCUCAAUAACAAUAGUCUAAUGAUGAGAGAGAACCUGGAGAAAUGGUGGAUCCUGAAGAAAAUCAAUUAAUUGAUGAACAAUUAGAUUAGAGAUCAAUUUCUUUGGAACCUUAAAAAUGA